CACAGUCACACUUGACUCUUGUCUUCCACCAUCAUUAGCACCGACAGACGCCCGUAUCUUUGACUUUUUACGAUCCAGAACUGCUGCAAUGGCUGACGUCGACGUUGAAAUGGACCCGCCUGUGAAGAAGGAGAAGACCGAAGACAAGAGUGGCAAGCAACGAUUUGAAGUGAAGAAGUGGAAUGCCGUAUCAUUGUGGGCAUGGGAUAUUGUCGUCGAGAACUGUGCCAUCUGCAGGAAUCAUAUUAUGGACCUUUGCAUCGAAUGUCAGGCUAAUCAAGUGUCCUCAACCACAGAAGAAUGUACUGCGGCAUGGGGUAUCUGCAACCAUGCUUUCCAUUUCCACUGCAUUUCGCGGUGGUUGAAAACUAGGAACGUCUGCCCUCUGGACAACAGAGAAUGGGAGCUGCAAAGAUAUGGCCGAUAAACUGUAUACUCAUCGAUUACAUUGUACAAUCACAUACAUUCUGAUGUUUUCCUUCCAUGAGAUCUUUUCGGCAUUGAACGAUGAUGCCGCGAUAGCGAACUGCCAUCUUCGGUCUUGUCCAUGCAAGUCACGCCAAAUGUAUUGAAGCUGUUAACAUCCCGUUAAUUGUUAUGACACCGAAUGUCCGACUGUCGAUUCUCGAAGCUCUCCAUUCAAUUUCGUUGAAUUUCAUGUCUAAUAUACGACAUCGAAGUUGAUUUGAUACAUAGUCAAAUUGACGAUCGUUUAGCAUUCACUCUCUUUUGAGCAUAUAGUUCACUAGUUCAUGGCG